GUACAUUAACGUAUCGUAAAAUCAUGGUUUCACAUGCAUUUAACAAUUAUGGUAUCAAUAAUAUUUAAUGUAAUUCACUUUUUUCUAGUUUUCUGAUAUAGUGCUAACGAAAUGACGUUUUCAUUUAAAAGCUUACGAUUGCGCGCCGUUGAUCAGGAGCUUCGUCAGAGUUCGUUUUCCUGCCAUCCGAGACGUCGAAAAUUAUUAUUAAUUUUAUUUAAAAUCCAUGCAAUAUAUUUAAAAAACGAAUGGGAGGGGUGACGAGGUAAAUAAUAAUUUUUAUUUUGAGACCUUCCUCGCGAAAAUUCAACAACAAAUCAUCGAGAUAAUAGCCAUUCACUAGGUGAUUGGGUAAUCGGAAUCUUCACGUAUUUCCUAGUCAUUGAAAAUGGAAAAUAAACACUGAUAUCAGAGAAGAAUAGGAUAAUUAAUGCCGUUUUGUCUUUUUUGCUACUAAUUUCUCUUGAAAUGGAAGGGCCAACUUCGUAGUCCUGUUCUGGACUGGCUAUCGGAUGGUGCGUGAAUGCACCAGAGCGGGAGACUAUCAUGAGUUUGUUUGCAUUUGCUCUGUCUACAUAUUUUUUGAUAGAUUUUUAACAUAGAAUUGCAAUCACAGUUUCAAAAUUUGGGUCGCUUCUUCAUAAAAUUUACACGUGAAGCGCGGACCAAAUCCGAAAAAGCGUUGCUGCCUAUAAUCUAUGUACGGAGAGAAUAUUAAGGGAUAGGAUAAGCUGGGACACCUAUUCAUUUCGUGCACAUUUGUUUAGAUAGAUUUUUAAGAUAUAAUUGCAAAAUACGAUUCAAAAGUUCUAAAAAAGUAGAGCUACCUUUCAACCAUACUUUCUAUAUAUUCGUCGGUCAAAUUGAUAACCAAUUUCACUUUGAGUAUUCACGAUGUGUAUAAAUGUGUGUGGGUGUGUAUUAAUUUCUUUUAUUUUAAGAUCGCACAAAAAUAAUUUUUUUUACUAUUAUACAGAAUAGAAACGUUUUUUAAUUCAAUUUGAGUCUUCUGUUUAUUAGAUUGUUUUUAUUUAAUGACUUCUCUAACAUUUUUCAUAAUAUAUUUAAUAGUUCUAGCAUACGUACAAAAGGUUGAGUUUAAAAGCCUUUUUACCUACUCAGCUGUUCCACUUCAGUGUCAAGUGUUUUACCGUAUAGGAAAGGCAUUUAUGCCUUCACCUUUUUAUAAUUACAUUCAGUUAAUCUCUUUGAACUUCCUAAACAAUACUUGGAAUAGUCUUUGCUGAAAUUGUCAUUUGUUUGUUGUUACUUUUGUUUUGAUUUAUUUCGAUUUAAUAGCUGUUUUAUAAGAAAAAAAAACUUGAGUGAACUUUGAAAAAACAUAACCUAACUUGUGAUACCAAAAAAGCCGUCCUUAUCUUGAAAAAGAAGUUAUUUUAUUCAGUUGUUAGAUAUUUACUAACAGAAUGUUAAAGUUACAAAUCAUUUAAAAUAGCAAAAUGUCUGGAAACGUUUCAAUUUCUGGAAUUAAGAGUGAAGGCGAAUCUGAAGACAACUUAAAACGUCAAGGAUCAUUCAGAAAACUUUUACCUGCUAAUACAAAUGGAGAUUCUCAACUUGGUACUGCUGCUAAAAUGAUUGAUAGACCAAACUCUUCUCAAAAUAGUAAAGAGUAUGCUGCAUAUUUUCAAGAAUAUAAUAUACUUGCAGAAUAUAUGCUACGAGAUCAAGAUUUGAAAGGCAUUUAUGUUAUUCCAUCAGCUCAAAAUUCUUUUCUUUGGUUUGGUGUACAAUUUAUUCGUCAAGGAAUUUAUCAAGGUGGGGUAUUUAGAUUUACAAUAACAUUGCCACAAAAUUUCCCAGAUGGAAAAUGUCCAGAUGUAGUUUUCCAAACAAAAGUUUUUCACCCUUUGAUUAAUUAUGAGACAGGAGAACUGUAUACAUUUUGGGGUUUUCCAGAAUGGAAAAGAAAUAUUAGAAUUUGGAAAUUAGUACAGUUUAUUACAAGAAUUUUUAUCAAACUUGAUACCAAAAUGACUCCAGUUAAUGAAGAAGCAUUAUUACUAUUAGAGACAAAUUUCGAGAGUUAUAAAGAACAAGUAAAAAAAUGUGUUAAAGAUAGUUUGAGUGUAGUCUAUGAUCGUCCCACAGUUGAUGACCCACACUAUAUUACUUUUAGUCCUUAUAAUAGUGAAAUUCAUGAUCCUAUAAAGCAAGAAAUUUACAAUCUAAAGAAUGACAGUGAAAAUAAACCUACGGGAUACUCUUGGGUACAACCUGGUUCUCUGACACCUUUUUCAAAAUCAGAAGCGAGAUAGCAAAUGUUUAUUUGCAUCUUCCGUAUUUAAUAAAUAACUAAACUUAACAUUCAUUUUGCAGUGGUCCUCCACAACAUAUUGAUAACUGGAAAAGAGAUCACACAAUUGUUCAACUAUUUUUAUACAAUUAAAAGAAGCGUAUUUAGCAAAAUUUCUAAAAACAAUUUAUCUACAUUAUAAUUUAUAAUGCGUAAAUUUUUCAUAACUGAUGUGAAAUCAAUUCUUUGUUAACAACUAUGAAUACUCACGAUCAAACUGAUUGCAUGAGGUAUAUAUCCUACUAAGAUCAAUUACUCGCUGUGAGCGAUUUAAAAAUAUAAAUAAAAUAGGGGAAUUUCACAGUGGUGAUAGUAUAGAAUUAGUAAUAAUAUUACAUUGAUUUUGAGUUUAAUUUUCCGUUAAUAAGAAUUGUUAUGAGUAUUCAGAUGAGAUUGUUGAAUAUUAAACUAAAUAAUUAUUUAUGCUUAACUAUAAACUAUAUAUAUCGUACUAACGGUGUUAAGUUAUAUAAAAAUAGAGUUUUGUGUAUGUACCAGAAAGAAAUUAUUUUUUAAUAUUGUUUUCUAUAUAAAUAUUAAGAUCUAAGUGCAAUAAUUGAAAUUAUGUCAUAUAAACAACGAAUAGAAUUUUUUUUGAACUUUUAGAAUUUGGAAACGUUUUCGUAACUCUCAAUAUUUUUUUUAAUAUAUAAAAUAUAUCGUCGAAAUUUUGUAAACUUUAUUAUUCGC